ACGUAUGUUCCCCACCGUGCGCGUUAGCUUUUCAGGCCCUCUGCGUCAGAUACAACCACCCGACCGUUAUGCUGUGGUGUUGGAUGUUGUGCCGAUGGAUUCACGCCGCUAUCGAUAUGCUUAUCAUCGCUCAUCGUGGCUGGUCGCGGGCAAAGCGGAUCCACCGCCUCCAGCGCGGCUUUAUCCACAUCCCGAUUGUCCUAUAAGCGUGGAGGCGCUGAGAAAGCAAGUGGUUUCCUUCGAGAAGGUGAAAUUGACAAAUAAUGAAAUGGAUAAAAAUGGGCAGAUCGUACUGAACUCCAUGCACCGUUAUCAGCCGCGCGUACAUCUAGUGCGGCUCGCUCAUGGGCAGAAUAUACCCAACAACCCGAAGGACCUGCAGGAACUGGACCACAAAACUUUUGUUUUUCCGGAGACG